AAUGCUUCAUUUGCCUCACAAACAACCACAGAACCACAAGUGCGGUGCAAACUUUCUCCAAAAGGACACAGCGAGAAGCCUUUGGUUUUUAAAUGGUUAAUCUCAACAGGUCACCAGCAGCCACUGAGACCAACAGAGUCAUUUAAGGCUUCAGACAGUUUUUGCACCAGAAGAUAAUCGCAUACUGUGUGGCAGAGGGGAGAGCGAUGGCAUCAAACAGUCUCUUCGGCUCAGUGACACCUUGUCAACAAAACUUCUUCUGGGAUCCCAGCACCAGCCGGCGGUUCAGCCCCCCGUCCAGCAGCCUCCAGCCUGGGAAGAUGAGCGACGUCAGCCCCGCGGCGGCCCAGCAGCAGCAACAGCAGCACGCGCACCCGCACGCGCCUCACCCGCAGCAGCAGCAGCAGCAACAGCAGUCCCAGCAACAGCAGCAACACCCCGAGGCAGCGGCAACCCCCCGGCUCCGCCCGCACGACAACCGCACCAUGGUGGAGAUCAUCGCCGACCACCCGGCCGAGCUGGUCCGCACCGACAGCCCCAACUUCCUCUGCUCCGUCCUGCCUUCGCACUGGCGCUGCAACAAGACGCUCCCGGUGGCCUUCAAGGUGGUGGCCUUAGGAGAAGUCCCUGAUGGGACUGUGGUCACCGUCAUGGCUGGAAAUGAUGAAAACUAUUCUGCUGAGCUCAGGAAUGCCUCUGCUGUAAUGAAGAAUCAAGUGGCACGGUUUAAUGACCUGAGAUUUGUGGGCAGAAGUGGAAGAGGAAAGAGCUUUACCUUGACAAUCACAGUCCUUACAAAUCCCCCUCAAGUCGCUACAUAUCACAGAGCUAUAAAGGUGACAGUAGAUGGACCAAGAGAACCAAGGAGGCACAGACAGAAGCUUGAUGACUCUAAGCCUAGUUUGUUCUCAGAGCGUCUCAGUGAUUUAGGGCGCAUCCCUCAUCCCAGUAUGAGAGUAGGGGUCCCGACUCAGAGCCCACGGCCCCCUCUGAACUCUGCACCAAGCCCUUUUAAUCCACAAGGACAGAGUCAGAUUCCAGACCCCAGACAAGCACAGUCAUCCCCUCCAUGGUCCUAUGACCAGUCUUAUCCAUCAUACUUGAGCCAGAUGACUUCACCAUCCAUUCAUUCCACAACUCCCCUAUCCUCCACACGAGGUACAGGGCUUCCUGCUAUCACCGAUGUACCCCGACGCCUCUCAGACUCAGAACCUUGUACCCCAGAGACUCCAUCUGCCACUGCCUCACCAUCAUCUUCUGAAGAUACGACAGCACUCACAGCUCCGCCCUCACCAUCCCCACCCUUUGGAUGUGUGACCUCGAUCUUUUCACCACCACUGCCCAACUGCACCAUGACGCUGAACCCUUCGGUACCAACCCAAACAUCAGCUUCUGACACACUGAAUCUACCAUCUGCUUCCACCUCAUCCUUGCAACCUGGAGUUUCUUCCACUAUGCCAUCUACUGUACCUGCUUCAGCUGGCCACUCGAGCAAUUAUUCCCCCGCAGGUGUACCCAUUUCACCCAACCACGCCCCCCACCUUAUUGACUGGCUCCCACACCUUGCAUCUAUGAUGACCACUAUGAAGAAUGGAAAGGAGGAGGAACAGCCACCCAGAGGGACUGGCCCAGCUGAGAGCAUGAAGAGAUGUGGAGAAACGUAUCUGCCUACGCUUAGUGAGGCUGAAAAUGUUCAAGGAGGAUUCAUCAAACAGCAACCCCCUGAAUCUAUUUGCUCAUCUCCUCCAUUUCAGGACUCACAUGUUGAACAUGCACCGGCCACUUUAGGGGACAUUCUGGCAGAGCUGAAGAUAAUGAACAGUCACCUUUCCAGCAUAGCAAGGGCUCUUGGCCUCCUCGCCUCAUCCUUAGCAUCCCAGCUGGAUUCCACAGAUACCCCAAGCUUAUAAGAGGGAAUCGUUGUGAACAUCUAUUCAACAUAUGUUUGUUUGGGAAAGCAGGUUAUAUGACAUUGGAAAAGAGGAAGGAAAUUAAAAUUGCAGGUAUCGAAGUUCUGUUGAUUUAACAGGUGAAAAUCUACCAGAGUUCUUGCAGAU